UGGGACGCUGGGAACUGAGCAAUGUUGCGCGCCAGCGGCGGCAGGGCGGCAGAGUGGGGUCCGGGACUCGGAUCGUCGAGUGCGUGUGGGCGUGUGUGCGUGUUCCUCCCGCCGCGAUUCCUCUGUCCCCAAGAGCAUGGUCACUUCAAGGCUCCGAUUACUGUACGAGGCUGAGCGUUGACCAUGCGCAAGCUGGAGGGCCUUUCUGACCAAUGAGAAUACCUCUUGUGUCUCUCCUGAAUUUUUAUUGGUCUAUCUGCUUGAAGUAAAGGCAUUUGAAUGGCGUAACGGAGAUAUCGCGGUUUUGUUUCUUUCCCCCAAAAAACGCUUUUGAGAUGUAAUUUGCAACCAGAGAAAAAUAGACUGAGAACCAUCAGUGUAAAAUUGUCUAUAAUAAUUUAGAAGUUAAUUAAGAAAGAAUAAUGGAUUCCACCUUAAUAGCAUGUUGCCUGUGGGUGCUUUUGGCGGUCUCAGGAGCGGUGAAAAACGACCUGCGUUGUUACCAGUGCAACGUGAGUGACAACAUCGCCUGCACAGAAGAGUACCUCAUGCAGUGUCCGGACAAGCAGGCGUACGACAGGUGCGAGACAAGGGUCAGGAAGGCAGCGAAUGGCGAGAGAUGGAUACAGAAGGGAUGCGCGCUGUCUCCUUGCAAUCUAGGCACGUUAGAAGAACUCUCCUUAGGAAUCCACUGCGACUACUCCGCCCCGACUUACGAUUGCGUCACGUGUUGCAAGGGAGAUGGCUGCAAUACAGGUGGCGCUGCUGGUCUUCCGGUCACGGGACACACUGUAGCAAUGGCGACUCUACUUCUCGCUGUUUUGAUAAGUCAGCUGUUUUUGUAGUUGUAAUGACAGCGGGAUAUUUAUGAAUGGUCGUCGACAAAAUGAAAAACAACAACAACAACAAUAACAAAACAGUUUUAUUUACGUAUUAGUCGUCUGGAUGCGAUGAAGAUAUUUUUCACCAUAAACGCACCUACAUUUCAUUUUUGUUUGUUUGUUUCUUUGGGCAACCUCAGGAAACAGAUUGUGGAGAUGAAGAAGACAUAGAAGAAGAAGAAGAAAAAUAGAAUAAUCACGGUUGCAUCAGGGUAUGAAAUAAAGAAAGGAACAAAAUUAAUAUAUACGUCACAGGGCGGGAUCUUCUGAAUCUUUAAAUCCUCAAAUGUAAUCAUGUCGAUGAUAUUGCAAAUAAUAAUGACGAUGACAGUAUGAUAAUUAUCAUAAUCUAAUGAUAUUUUAUCUCAUUAAAUAUCUAGAUCUCCUACAUACAUUAUCUCAAUACCUCGUCUUUACGGGUUAUUUCAAUAUGGCAUUCUUAUUCUUCAAAAUAGUGUGAUUAAUCAGUUUACUAUUGGUGUAGCAAUAAGGUUUCUUAUGCUUCCAAAACUUCAAAGCGUUGUCUCUCCUGAGAAAAUAAAGAGGUUCAAUUGUC